GUAAAGAUACACUGGGUUCUCACGGAAUCCCUUUACGCACAUAGCUCGCCAGGUUUUUUCCCAACACCAAUCCACUCUUCCCCUUUUUUCUCCACUCCCCUCUGCUGUCCCCACCCCAGAUUCCCGUGCAAUUUUCCCCAAUCCCAAACACUUAAUUGAGCAAUUGGGAUUCCUCACGUGUGGGCUGAUUUGUAGUUUGAACACGUGGCUCAUUCAAAAAAGCCGGAAUAGCGGAGGAUUUUUUUCUCCCCCUUCUUCUUCUUCUUAUUCUAGGCUCUAGACUUAGAGGCGGGCGCCAGCCUUACCGUGUGUGACAUUCUCUGUCUCUUUGCCAAGGGGUCUGGAGGAAGACACAAAGUAGUUUCUCCUCCUUUUCACCCAGCCCGCCAUCGUUUGGAGACACCAGAUUAAUAAUUGAGCAUUUAUUUAUUGCGCGAUAGAGACAGAGGGGCGAGGGAGAGCGAACGCACUGUGAGGCUGCCAGUUUAAAUCUAUCUGUGGCUUGAACGACCGGGAAGCACGCCACAGCCACUCCGUAGUAGUAAAGGCGAUUUAGGCUACUCCAAACACUGCACGUCCGUCAGUGCAAAUAACUAUCUCUCCCUCAGCGUAAAGAUUGUCCCUUUUCGGCGCACAACAUGAAUAAGCUAUACAUUGGCAACGUGAGCGCCGAGGCGAGCGAGGAGGACUUCGAAACUAUCUUUGAGCAGUGGAAGAUUCCGCACAGUGGUCCAUUUCUUAUCAAAACUGGCUAUGCGUUUGUGGAUUGCCCGGACGAGAAGGCUGCAAUGAAGGCCAUCGAUGUUCUUUCAGGUAAAGUUGAACUUCAUGGGAAAGUUCUCGAAGUGGAGCACUCUGUCCCUAAACGUCAAAGGAGCUGUAAGCUGCAGAUCAGGAACAUCCCGCCUCACAUGCAGUGGGAGGUUUUGGAUGGUAUGCUCGCUCAGUAUGGUGCAGUAGAGAACUGUGAACAAGUAAACACUGACACAGAGACCGCAGUAGUCAAUGUUCGAUAUGCAUCCAAGGACCAGGCCAGGCUGGCGAUGGAGAAGCUAAACGGAUCUAUGAUGGAGAACUAUGCCUUGAAAGUAUCUUAUAUCCCAGAUGAGACAGCUGUCCAAGAAGGUCCCUCAGCAGGAGGCAGGAGAGGCUUUAACGCCCGUGGCACACCUCGAUCCGGUUCUCCAGGUCUGGGCGCCCGGCCCAAAGUGCAGCCAGACAUCCCACUGCGUAUGCUGGUUCCCACGCAAUUUGUAGGCGCCAUCAUUGGAAAGGAGGGCGCCACGAUCCGCAACAUCACCAAACAGACACACUCAAAGAUCGACAUCCACAGAAAAGAGAACGCAGGUGCAGCAGAAAAGCCCAUCACGAUUCAAUCCAGCCCUGACGGUUGUUCGAACGCUUGCACGGCCAUCAUGCAGAUCAUGCAGAAGGAGGCUGUCGACACAAAAUUUACUGAGGAAAUCCCACUGAAGAUACUUGCACACAACAACUUUGUUGGAAGAUUAAUUGGGAAGGAAGGACGCAACCUGAAGAAAAUUGAGCAGGAUACGGGAUGCAAGAUCACAAUCUCACCUCUGCAGGACCUGACUCUGUAUAACCCUGAGCGGACCAUCACAGUGAAAGGCUCUAUUGAGGCGUGCGCCAGGGCCGAGCAGGAGGUGAUGAAGAAGGUCAGAGAAGCGUACGACAGUGACAUGGCUGCUAUGAACCUCCAGUCCAACCUGAUCCCAGGCUUGAAUCUGAACGCUCUGGGGUUGUUUCCCGGUGGAGGGCCAGGUAUGGGUUCCUCCAUGUCCAGUGUACCACCUCCUGGAGCUCACGGUGGAUGUCCACCCUUUGGACAGGGACACCCGGAGUCGGAGACAGUUCACCUGUUCAUUCCUGCACUCGCCGUGGGAGCCAUCAUCGGAAAACAGGGUCAACACAUCAAACAGCUGUCACACUUUGCUGGAGCCUCAAUCAAAAUCGCCCCUGCAGAAGGAAUGGAUCCCAAACAGAGGAUGGUCAUCAUCGUUGGACCACCAGAGGCUCAGUUUAAGGCUCAGUGUCGCCUCUUUGGCAAGCUAAAGGAGGAGAAUUUCUUCGGACCCAAGGAAGAGGUGAAGCUGGAGGCGCACAUCAAAGUUCCCUCCUUCGCUGCUGGACGAGUCAUUGGGAAAGGAGGGAAAACGGUAAACGAGCUGCAGAACCUGACCUGUGCAGAGGUGGUGGUGCCCAGAGACCAGACGCCGGAUGAGAACGACCAGGUUAUAGUGAAGAUCAGCGGACACUUCUUUGCAUGCCAGCUGGCCCAGAGGAAGAUUCAGGAGAUCCUGGCUCAGGUGAGGAGGCAGCAGCAGCCCAAACCCACAUCUGGAGCCCAACCUCCAAUGCCCCGCAGGAAGUAAAGAUCCAGCGGACCUGGAGGGACGGUGACCGAAUCUGCCAGAAGACUCGACAGAUGGACAGAUGCAGCAGAGUCUGGGGGGAGAAGACGACGACGAUGACGACGACGAGGGGUCGUAACACUCAUCUCAGGAGUCAAACACCCGCCCCUUUUUGUCUUACUUGAAGAACUUUCAAGUGCGGCUAAUGAGAGACCCUGGGCCUGUAAACCUCCACCCCGCCUCACUUCUCUGCAUCUCUGUGAGAAUGUACUUCUGAGGGCUACCAACAAUGUCACCUGCCCUCACACGUACGCACUCCUCGACCGCUCUCCUCCCACCUCCCCCACGGGUGUGUUAAAUUAAUUUUUUGUCCUCUUUUGACACUAGAAACACAAAGAAGAAAUAAGGAUCCCCCUCCUAUCACCUCCUGGUGUGGUACUUCAAACCUGACAAGAUGUUUUGGUUGAGAUUUAGUUUUUUUAGAGUUUAAUUGGUUGAUGAAGCUUUCUCAUGAGUUUUUUUCUGUGGAAAGGAAAAAGGCAUUGCUAUCGCGGUCCUGUUUGGACCAACAGAGAGGUUUAUUUUGGGGGAGGGUUGGCUCAGAUUGGGUGGGCCAUGUUUAGGGGAAAGAUUCUUGUUUCAGGACAGGACCCCUGAGAGGGUGGAUUAUAUUGGGCGUCCUGCCCUUGUAAUGAUAGUGGCAUUUUAUAAAUUUGGAUGCAUUUUAUAGAUAGACCUAUAUACAUAGAUGAAUAUAUAUUUAGAGGUGAGGGCAGCGCCAUGACUGACACUUAGGGAAACGGUGCCGAAACUGCUGCUGCCCAGGAAAACCAAUUUAAUAUGCAUUUUACUUAACUACCUCAGGAUCUAGUACCUCAGAAGAGAAAAGAAAAUGAUUAUAUAUAUAUGAAAAAAAUGUUCCUUUCUUUUUUAUUUUGCUUUUGUGGUAUUUUGUAUACUUUAUAAAGCUGAUAGUCUUUGAACAUUUUUAUUUUUUUAAGAAAAUUUAAAAUUUGGUCAGCUGCCAACUGACCUUGCCUUCAACUCUGGUGCUUUAGGCGGCGUUGUUCAUGUGUAUGUGUGACUUGAGAUGACCCUGUACAUAAAGUCUAUUUGUACAUAGCAGCCCCGAAAAGCACGAGUUGGCGCCCCCUCAGCUGGCGGCUGACAGGAGUAUCGAGAGAAAAUCGCCUCAGUUUUUCCCCUGAGGGUCCACCAUCUUCUGAAAACUUACAAAACAACUAAGACAUGCAAAUAAUGCCAACCGUACAUAAAAACAGCAAUGCCAUUUAGUUUUGGGAUUGACAUUGUCAUUGGUAAUGGUACUUUAAUUUGUCAGAAAUCGUUUUCGCCUUCCUACGAGGGCCGUGGUCAGGGCAGCGUGGACCGUAACGGUCCUGCAGAGCGUCUGUUUUUUGUCUGUUCUGUUCUCGGACCAUCUUUCACCUUCUUCACGAUGGUUUCUCACAAAGUCCAAGCCCGACUAGGUUUAUUUUUCAAAGAGCAAGCUUUGUCAGCUUGGAGUGGCUGUCAGAGUUAACGUCGUUCACUGCAUGGUGAGGGUAGGGGGAGUCACACUGACAGACGUUUUUGGUUUUUUGCGCUAUAGGAAAAAAUUAUUUAAACAUCCUCUGAAACCCACAAAUGACACUCUAUGUUCAAACAGGGAAAACGAGCCGUAAAAAGGCAUCACAAAAUACUGAAUGAACUCUCACUGGGGGUAAGAAAAGAGGAAAGGAAUCCAAAAGUUAAAUAUAUUUCAUUUUGUCUCUUCAUGCCGAAUGUAAAUAUGUUGAUUGUGGUAAAAGUGCUCGAGUGUAUCCAUGCUUCCACAGUAGAACGCCGUCUACCUCAGCUGAGGGGGUGGGGGGGUUGUUGUGGCACUAGGCGCCCCCACCCUGCCCCCACUGAGCGCCAGCGCGCACUGAUACCUCAGUCCCCCCCGAACACUUCUUUCUACAUGGGCGCGCCAUCUGAACACCGCGCUUAACUGAGGGGCACAAGUGAUACUUAAAUUCUCCCUGACACCUCCUGAUCCCCGCCUCCUUCCUGCCAAACCCCGACCCCUCUCCCUUCCUCCUCCUCCUCCUCCUUCUCUGCAGUUUGUUUUGAUCUACCUCUUUAGACAUGUAUUUGAAGUAGAGGCAUUCUUCUAUUUGUUAGGAUUUAGCCCCUCGCCACUCCUUUAUGCCUCCCCAUGCUCCCCAGAUAUGAAUGAAAAUGAAACUAAAAUCAUGUACUAUUUAGAAUCGAGAGAAAAAUUGAAAAGUGAUCAAAAAUUUUCUUUUGCCAGUGUUUAUAUUUACUCUUUUUGGCUUAAUUGAAAUCCUCAAACGAUGGUUCUUUCUUUCUGCUUUCUAAUUUUUUGGUGGUGUGGCUUACAUGUAUUUGAACUUUUGCUUGGGUUUUUUGUGGAAAAAAGGUCAAAUCACGUGUUUGAUUUUGCAUUCAAUAGUUAAAUGAGAAAAAUACAUUUCUUUUUCUUUAAAAAAGGGCCUGCCUCUUUUUGCUUUCUGAUUUCAAGACUUCAAACUAGACACAAGUCCUGUCUUUUUUCCCUUUUGUCUUUCACUGAUGCUACACUCACUUGCUGAUUUGGUAGCUGGUUUCUUCUGUUAGCAUUUCUUGGCUGUGUAACGUGAAACAUCCUCUUAGUAUGAGACAGAUUUGAGGGACUGGGUCUCUGAGUUUUUCGGAAAAGUGAUCUAACUUCAGCAUGAUAUUCCCUCCUCCCCCUCUCUGCAACCAUGCUUGUGCCCCGUCACCUCCCCUUCACACACAGCUCCACUUGUCAAAUGCCUCUGAAUAAAAAAAAUAAUCAAA